AUGUCUUCGGCUACUGGCAAAAUGGAAAUUGAUAAAUCUCCAAACAAUCAUUCUUCUCGGAAUUUGUCUACUGAUACUCUCCGCACUAGGCGCUCACACCGAUCUGUGUCAAGAGACCACGACCAUGACAAGAAAGAUAGACGAAGGGAGCCUGACGAAAGAAGAAAAAGAAGUCGCAGUCGUGACAGAGGAAGUGAAAGAGGGUACCGGGACCGUUCGCGCGACGGAUAUCGGGAUCGUGAUAGGGACCGCCGACGUGACAGAGAGGAUAGAGGACAUCGUAGCAGCAGGCAUGACGGGCCUGAUGUUAGACACGGUCGACGCGAUAGAGAUAGAGGGGAUAGGGAACGAGGGGACAGGGACAGAGAGAGAGACAGGGAUAGGGAUAGAGAGGACCGUGAUCGCAGGCGAAAGCGUACUGAAGACUAUGAUGGACCAGAACGCGAUCACGACGAUAGGGUUAAGAGAAAGAGGUCCGAAACACUAGACGAUAUUCCACCACCCCCUCCAAACUUGCCACCCCCACCCCCUCCCCGGGACAGUCCUCGUUCAGCUCGUUCUGGAGACCGUAGAAGAGGUGACAAAAAUGAUUAUGAUGAUCCAAGAAGUGCAAGAAGACGUAGUCGUCCCCUCGAUGAUGACGACGACGAACUUGGCAUGAGGAGCCCUCCGCCGCCGGGUGUUAGACGGGGCUCUCCAUCAUACCCUUCAUACGAUAAUCAAAUGGAUGACCCGUAUAAUCCUGAUGAACCAAAAGAAGACGAUUCUGAAGCACGAUCAGUUUUUGUUUCGCAACUUGCUGCGCGCUUGACCGCUCGAGACCUAGGCUAUUUCUUCGAAGAUAAGCUCGGGGAAGGAACCGUAAUGGAUUCAAGGAUUGUCACUGACAGGCUAUCUCGUCGAUCUAAAGGGAUUGGUUAUGUUGAGUUCCGGUCUAUUGAUCUCGUAGAAAAGGCUCUUGCUCUUUCUGGCACAGUAGUCAUGGGUCUACCCAUCAUGGUACAACUAACUGAAUCUGAAAGAAACAAAUUACAUCCGGGUGACGGAAGCCUUAAUCUCCCUCCAGGGGUCACAUCGUCCCAUGGAUCUAUGCAGUUAUAUGUCGGUUCUUUGCAUUUCAACCUUACCGAAUCCGAUAUCAAGCAGGUGUUUGAACCUUUUGGUGAACUUGAAUUUGUCGAUUUGCAUAGGGACCCGAUGACAGGGCGCAGUAAGGGCUAUGCCUUUGUUCAAUACAAGCGCUCUGAGGAUGCUAGAAUGGCUCUUGAACAAAUGGAAGGAUUUGAGCUUGCUGGUCGUACUCUUCGCGUCAACACUGUUCAUGAAAAGGGAACCGCUAAGUACACUCAACAGGAUUCCUUAGAUGAAGCGGGCGGUGGUAACUUGAACGCUGCUUCACGACAAGCACUGAUGCAGAAACUUGCUAGGACUGAAUCUGCUCCUUCUCUUCCAGAGCCUGCACCACGCGUCAAUAUUCCUCAAUCCAUGCAAUCUCGUUCCGUAUUGUUGAAGAAUAUGUUUGAUCCAGAGGAGGAAACGGAACGCGACUGGGACAAAGAUUUGGCUGAAGAUGUCAAAGGAGAAUGCGAAAACAAGUAUGGCUCAGUCACAGCAAUCAAGGUCGAAAAAGAAACCCAGGGCGAAAUCUACGUCAAAUUUGAAACUAUUGAAUCGGCUAAGAAAGCUAUUCAAGGCCUAAACGGUCGCUGGUUUGGUGGUCGACAAGUUUCCGCGGCGUUCAUAUCUGACGCCAUUAUGCAAGCCCAUCAGUAG